CAGAUUCAGUCGCACUGUGAAGGAGGAGUGCGCGAGGCUGGGAUCACCGGUAUCGAUCAAAUUUCAAACUUUGGAGCGCACACACACACACACACACACUGAUCGACUGCAUCCCAACCCACGUACACGGCGCUUAAACAGGAGAAGUGAUUGACGGUUUUCCUCGGACUGAACACAAAGACCCUGCGCGCCUUCUGCCCUGGAUCCGCCUGUUACGCACGCAGUGGCUGGAUUUCUUUUGUGACUUUACCCCCUGUAGAACCGAUUCAUGACCAGAACAGACGUCCAUUUACAACUUUACUGAGGAACCCGGCGUUUCCCCACAAGGCUUCAUCUUUGGUUCAGGAAUUAUGAUUCUCCGAAAAUGUCACUUCGGGCUGGUCCUUUUGUUAUUGUGCGCCUCCGCCAUCGAGCCAGACGUGCCGGUGGAGGACGUGUCCGUGUUUGAUUUAUUCGAAAUCAGCGGAAUCUCACAGAAGACCAUUGGGGUGAAACUUUUCCGAGGCCCGGACCCCAAGACCCCGGCGUAUCGCUUCAUUCGCUUCGAUCACCUUCCUCCAGUCAAACCGCAGGUUCUAGAGCAGCUCGUGCAACAAAUUCAAAACAAUGAGGGAUUCACCUUCACUGUAACCCUGCGCCAGGAUCGCGCGUCCCGCGGCACUCUGCUCUCUGUAGAGGGUCCGAGCGAGCGCAGGCAGCUCGAGGUGCUUUCCGACGGGAGGGCUAACACGCUCGAGCUGGUGUACUGGUGGGACGACGGCUCGCGCAACGUCAUUGCGUUUGAGGAUGUGGAUCUGGUGGAUUCGCAGUGGAAAAACGUCACGCUGCACGUACACGGCGAGACGGCCACGCUGUACGUGGGCUGCAGCCUCAUCGACAGCUUCAUUCUCGACGAACCUUUCUACGAGCACCUGCGUGCCCCGGGUGGACGGAUGUAUGUGGCCAAAGGAUCCAGCCGCGAGACACAUUUUAGGGGGCUGCUGCAGAAUGUGCAGUUUAUUUUCGACAUCCCUCUUGAAGACGUGUUGGAGAGCCAAGGUUGCGAGCUAGCAAAUACAGAGGAUCUGAACAUAGUGCGCGAGAGUGCUGAAAUGGUGGAUGUUGCCUCAUCAAUCUCUACUAACCUGAUUAGUCCAAACACAGAUCCUCCAACAAUGAGCCCCUCUGAGAUGAUGUGUGAGCGUUCAUGUGAGGAAUUGGCCAACCUUUUCCAAGAACUCAAGGGCCUCCGUGUUGUUGUUAGUAACCUCAUUGAUGGCUUGCAAAAAGUGACAGAGGAGAAUACUGCCAUGCGUGAGGCACUGAACAAGAUACAGGAUCCAGUACAGCAGAGCAUUUGCUGGCAGGAUGGACGACUGUUUGAGAAUAAGGAGGACUGGAUUGUGGACAGUUGCACCAAAUGCACAUGCCAGGAUGGGAAAGUGGUGUGUCGUCAGAUCACUUGCCCACCAGUGUCCUGUGCCAAUCCAUCCUUCAUUGAUGGAGAAUGCUGUCCAGUUUGCCUACCAAUGGACAGUGAGCAUGGCUGGUCGCCAUGGUCAGAGUGGACCCAGUGUACGGUCACCUGUGGCAGCGGCACACAACAAAGAGGCAGAUCAUGUGAUGACACCAGCAACACGUGCUCUGGUCCCUCGAUCCAGACUCGGAGGUGCAGCUUAGGAAAAUGUGACCGCAGAGUUCGCCAGGAUGGUGGUUGGAGUCUGUGGUCUCCCUGGUCUUCGUGCUCAGUGACAUGUGGUGAAGGGUUAAUCACUCGUAUCCGGCAUUGCAACUCUCCUAUGCCUCAGAAAGGUGGCAAAGACUGUGAUGGUGAAGGAAGAGAGACACAGAGCUGCCAGGCCAAUGCCUGCCCAAUUGAUGGUGGAUGGGGCCCAUGGUCGCCCUGGGCAACCUGCUCAGCAACAUGUGGUGGGGGUCUAAAAAGUCGUGAAAGGGAGUGCAAUAGCCCCGUACCACAGCAUGGGGGCCGGAAAUGUAUGGGCGAUGCUAUUGACAAUGAAGUAUGCAACAAACGGGAGUGCCCUACCGAUGGUUGUCUUUCAAAUCCAUGCUAUGGGGGAGUGGAGUGCAGCACAACCACUGAUGGCUCUUGGGAAUGUGGACCUUGUCCACUAGGCUACCGUGGUAAUGGAACCUUUUGUGAGGAUGUGAAUGAGUGUGAUAUGGUGUCGGAUGUGUGCCAUAAAGUAGGUGGGUUUCAGCAGUGUGUGAAUACAGACCCAGGAUUCCACUGCCUACCCUGCCCUCCACGUUACAAAGGCUCUCAGCCCUAUGGUCUUGGAGUGGAGGCAGCUAAAACAAACAAACAGGUGUGUGAACCUUACAACCCAUGUAAAGACAACACCCACAGUUGCCAUAAAAACGCUGAGUGUAUCUUCCUCAGCCACGUCACUGAGCCCAUGUACAAGUGCGAGUGCCGUAUUGGUUACGCCGGAGAUGGCAUUGUGUGUGGAGAGGACUUUGAUCUUGAUGGCUGGCCCAAUCAAGAUCUGGUUUGUGGAGCCAAUGCUACAUACCAUUGCAAAAAGGAUAACUGCCCAACACUUCCCAACUCUGGUCAAGAGGACCUUGACAAUGAUGGCCAGGGAGAUGCCUGUGAUAAAGAUGAUGACAAUGAUGAAAUUGUGGAUGAACGGGACAACUGUCCACUUAUGUACAACCCUCGGCAGUAUGACUACGAUAAGGAUGCUAUUGGGGAUAGGUGUGAUAAUUGCCCAUAUGAGCCCAACCCUGCUCAGACUGACACGGACAACAAUGGUGAAGGAGAUGCUUGUGCUAUUGACAUCGAUGGAGAUGAGAUUCUGAAUGAGAAAGACAAUUGUCCUCUUGUUUAUAAUACUGACCAGAAAGACACAGAUUUGGAUGGUGUUGGUGACCAGUGUGAUAACUGUCCAUUGAUCUACAACCCCCAGCAGACGGAUUCAGAUAAUGAUUUAAUUGGAGACCAGUGUGAUAAUAACCAGGACAUAGAUGAGGAUGGCCAUCAGAAUAACCUGGAUAACUGUCCCUAUGUUGCCAAUGCUAACCAAGCAGACCAUGACAAUGAUGGUAAAGGAGAUGCCUGUGACUUUGAUGAUGACAAUGAUGGAAUUCCUGAUGAUCGGGACAACUGCAGGCUUGUGCCUAAUCCAGAUCAGAUGGAUACAAAUGGAGAUGGCCGUGGUGAUGCCUGUAAUGAUGACUUUGACAACGACAACAUUCCUGACCUCUUCGACGCUUGCCCGGAGAACAAUGCUAUCAGUGUUACAGACUUCAGGAAGUUUCAGAUGGUGCACCUGGAUCCCAAGGGAACGCUUCAGAUCGACCCCCACUGGGUUGUGCGGAACCAAGGCAAAGAACUGGUUCAGACUGCUAACUCUGAUCCUGGCAUUGCAGUCGGAUAUGAUGAGUUCAGUGCCGUGGAUUUCAGUGGAACCUUUUACGUCAACACGGAUCGGGAUGAUGACUAUGCAGGUUUUGUAUUUGGCUAUCAGUCCAGCCGACGCUUCUAUGUGGUCAUGUGGAAACAGAUAACACAGACCUACUGGGAGGAAAAGCCAUCAAAGGCCUUCGGUUUAUCUGGAGUAUCACUCAAAGUUGUUAACUCCACAACUGGCACAGGAGAGUAUCUGCGCAACGCCCUCUGGCAUACAGGGAACACUAAAAACCAGGUUCGAACACUUUGGCAUGAUCCAAAGAACAUUGGCUGGAAAGACUACACUGCGUACCGCUGGCAUCUUAUUCACAGACCCAAGACUGGUUUUAUUAGGGUUGUAGUUUAUGAAGGCAAGCAAAUCAUGGCAGACUCUGGGCCAAUUUAUGACAAGACAUUUGCUGGUGGGAGACUAGGGUUGUUUGUCUUCUCUCAGGAGCUUGUCUUCUUUUCUGACCUCAAAUAUGAAUGCAGAGACAACUGAUUUUGAUACACCCCCUGCCGAAGACUGAAAUCUAAAACUCAGAACAAGUUUCAGACCAGUCUUCUGAAAACAUCUGCAGUGUUUUUCACCUUAUUAGAAUGCACAGAUUUAUGAAUUCCAGGGGCCUUCGACAGUGAAACUGACUCCAUUUUGGACACCCAAGAUAAGGAGUUAAAGUUACUACAUUCCAGUGUAUUUCUUUAAAUGCCUCUCUCAGCUUUAUUGCACAAGUACCCUUUAUGAUACCAAAUUAAAUCCUGUCUUCUUGAAUAUAAACCUAAGGGUUUGAAUAUUAUCAGUUUUUCUAUGUAGCCAUGUAGUCUUUUGAAUGUGUUAUAUUAGUCAUUUUAAAGAGCAGUUUUGCAUUGGUUACAAGUGUUGAUUUGAGGUGUAUGAUAUUCAGAAUAAUACUGUUUUUGUGGUAACUUAUUUUUCCGUUGUGCAAGUUUAUGAAUUAGCAAGUUGUUUUUGCUUUAACCAAAUUGUAAAUACUUAUUUAUUAGUUGUCACAGACAUUUAAAAUUGACAGUUGAAAUGUAAAAAUCUUACACAUCUGCCUUUACAAUGUAUUCCCAAGAGAUUAAGGUAUUUGAGUUUGUAGCAGUAGUGAACAUUUGACAACAUUUGCAUUAGUUACAAUGCUUUAGUUAUUAUUAUUUUUUAAUUCUGCAUUAUUUUAUGGUCAAAUAAUUCCCUCUAAUAAGGGACAGAAUUGAACUUACCAUAAAAAUAAUUUUGCUGGUUUACGUACAGUCAAAGGUGUGUUUAUUUAACAGAGUAUGUCUGGCAAGAGGUAAAGAAGCUGUAUGAUGUGUUUGUACUUGAAGUUAAUGUGAAUAUAUACAGAUGAGUGACAAAUCAAAGGAAAAUCCAAUAUCAAGUGCCUCUGUAUAAAGUGGUUUCCUUUAACUUGUUAACCGUCUUUAUAUGUGGUUGGAGGAAGUAUUACUACUACAGUUUUCCAAUGAUAAAGUGACAUGAUUACUCAACAGAAAUUAAUGUUUUAAUGUUAAAAAGCUGGAAAAUACAUGACCAAAUCAAAUACAUGGCCAAAUUAAAUACAUGGCCAAAUUAAUUUUAAGAAGCACAUAUUUCUCUUUUCCAACAACAUCAUGAACAUGGCCUGAUCAUACAGAGUUAGUUUUCCGCUAAUCCUGUUUUGUACAAAGCACUAGAAGACAUCACAGAUUGUAUUUGCAAAAAUGAACCACUUGGAGUUAAAGAAGGAUUAAUCUCAAAUCCAUCAACAAAAUCCAUCACAUUGUAUCAGUAGUUAGUCGGUUUUUCAAUGUUAUUAUUUAUCGUUUUAGUUCUGUCAUUAUAGAGUACAAUUUGUCAAAUUAACAUUAAUACACUUACUGUAUUUAAAAAAGAAUGUCAUGACUGAUCCAUUGUCAGUGGGUCUUCCCUUAAACUUUGCUGCAUGUAUAUCUACAAUACCAGUUUCAUAUCUGUAUCAUAUUCUAGUUCCUCUACAUCCUCUACAUCCUCUACAAUGUUGUUUUUAUAGACAUGAAAUCUGUUAUUUUGGAAAUUUGACAUGUUUUAAAUAAACAAAUGAUAAAAAGAUUAAUAAAAAAUUAUUUACAGUA